AUGUCCUCCCAAACACCAACGACUCCAUCUGAUGGCACCUCGAGACUUGGCUCGCUGGACCGUCUCUGGAUCGCCCGCAAGGCUCUCCACCGCGGUGCAGAUGCACAGGCGCCAACGCCCCCCACCAUUGGCUGGUUGGUGCGGCCCGGGGCUGGAAGAGCUCACCGCCUCUUCAACCCCCCUCCCCGCCGGCCCCUUCCCCAUGCCGCUCACAUUCCCGACGCCCACAAUCGUCUACCACCACCAGUACCAGCGCCAGCACCACCACCGACGGUGCAUCUGCUGCCUGUCCGUCUUUGUCGAGCACCCUCGCAGAUUCCCGCAGAGCCACAUCCAGCACGCGGCCUGGGACUUCACGAAAGAGCGGUGUCACCCGCUCGCCUCUACAAUAUCACCGCCUCUCGCAACCAAUCUCUGCUCUCAAUUUCCGUCAGCAUGACCCUCGACUUCAACACCAAUGGCGGGGGGGAAGCCUUGAUCAAUCUGAAUUUCGAUCAGCACCACCGAGACCAAACCGCUUAUGCAUAUUCAACGACACCGGCUACUUAUCCAAGCCCACCAACUGCCUCCGGAAUCAUGACCAACACCCGACCCUGGACCUUUCCGGUCGAUAUGGCCUCGAGCAAUCCACAGGCGACCUCAACCGCCUCGCCCGAGGACCAUCAAGGGAGUUCACCGUUGUCUCAUGCCUCGAGUCCGCAGAGCCAGCACUCCCCGUUGCAACAGUCUCCUUUUCAGCCCGCCGCCAAUCCCUUGACUGACUGGGCUCUGCAACAACAGCAACAGCGCCAUCAGCAAGCCGCGGCGGCGCACCAGCAACCUCAACAGCCAUUGCCUGCCCAGGAUCUGGCUCAAUUUAUCCAAGACAGUGCUCUCCUCGGCUUCAAUGCCUUCCCUCAAAACUUUCAGCCCAGUCCUCUGGACUAUCUGCCGCCCACGACACAAGCCGCAUUGCAAGCCAAUCUCUUAGAAUCGCCUUUUACAUCUAUGCCCCCUAUGGAGGAAACUGCUCAUGCUAUGCAUUGGGGAAGCAGUGGAAUGGACAACUGGCACGACUUUCAGAGCACCUUGCAGAUGGACGGCCUGCCUCGAUUAGACAGUGUCGGCAGCAAUUCACCAACUGGAACCUAUCUGGAAGUUCUGUCCCUCCCCUCAUCGUCUGGAGAAGGGUGGGCGAUGGUUGACUGGAGUCACCAUGGAUUGGACCACUUCCAGCAAGCUCAAAACGCGGCCAUUUUUAACCCUGGUCAGACUUUGCAUCUGAGGACGAACUCGGACUCCUCAGAAGGUGCCAACUCAAUGGAAUUCGGUAGCUUCGAGGAGAUUCCACGCUUCCCGUACUCGCCCUUCUCACCGGAGUCGGAUGGCUACGCCGAUCAAAAUUGUAACCACAACCAUCGUAAUUGUGUUGCCGAGACUCGCAACCACACCCUUGAUACAGUCAGCCCCACCGCCUCUGUCGCUCCCGUGGCCACCAAGGUUGAAUCUUCAUCCUCGGUUCGCCAUAGCCCUGGUAGUGGUGCCGGCUCUGUAUCCCCGGCAUCCACCACGACUUCGAGAAGGAAUUCUGGACCUCGCAAGAGCCCCAUUACAAAGACAACCACUAAAACAAUUAUUCGUCGAUCAUCUAACGGCAAGAAAGACGGCACUGUUGAGAAGAAGGUUGGACGGAGAAAGGGGCCCCUUCUACCGGAGCAACGAAAGCAAGCCAGCGAGAUCAGAAAGCUGAGAGCUUGCCUUCGCUGCAAGUUCCUUAAAAAGACGUGUGACAAGGGCGAGCCUUGUGCUGGUUGCCAACCGUCGCAUGCCCGACUGUGGCAGGUUCCGUGUACGCGCAUAGACAUCAAGGAUAUUGGCUAUUUCAUGAAGGAUUGGAAGGCUGACUAUGAGAGACAUGUCGAUCUUGGCAUGUCGGUCUACAAUGUCAAGGGUUUCUCCUCCAAAGAGACUCUGAUGUGGAUUACCCACGGAUAUGGCUUCGCCCUUCCUGUUAUGGUUCGCGAAGUAUAUGUCGCAGAUGAGGGUUGCUUCUCUGUCGAGUGGGUUGAGUCGACUGUUGCCCAUCAGGACCCUAUCGACUUUGAAACUCGCACGGAGAAGCUUGACGUCGGUGCUGAAGGCAUUCGUCUUGAUGCCCUGCAAGAGUAUCUCGAUAAACACGUCGAUGGGCCAUUUGAGGACUUUAUUGAUGACCACUUUGAAGGAACCCCAUUCAUUACGGAAAUUCUCAAGACAGCUCACCGCUACUACGUCAAAGACAGGAUGCCCGUCAUCAAGAAGGCACUGAAGCUUGUCCUGGCUUACAAUCUGACGAUGCACAUCACCAUGGUCGAAAACCAAGGCUCCGAGGUCACCCUGGAUGGCCAGAUUGACGAUGAAGACUCCAAGUUUUAUGGCCGCACCGUAGCACCUGUCAUGAUCAACUUCCAGAUCAAGUGUGCCUUGGCGGACAUGUGGCGUGAGCUGCAAAAGGAUAUUCUGGAGGAACUGUCUGCAUUAUACUCGGGCGUUUAUAGUGGCGAGAAGAUGAAGAACUGGCCGACCAUCUUUAUGCUGGCUUCGAUCCUCCUUGCCGUUUGGGAAGAGAUGCAGUUUGACUGCCACUACCGCGUCCCUGAUCCCGCGGCGGUGAACAAGUUUUGCCACGAUAUGGAGACGACCCCUGUUGGCGUUAUUGUGGGCCUCUUCCACGCCAUCUCUCAGAAGUUACCCGCCUUCACCGACUGGGACACCAGACAACACGGCCACCUCCUUCAUAACAACGUCUCUGUUUGUGAGGCUAUGACUGAAGUUCGCCAACACGUCAUCAAGCACGAGGCCUACCUGCGUACUCGCAAGGAGCAGACCAAGUUUGAUCGGUACGACUUUGACUCAUUGUCGAACAAGUUCUUGUCCAAGCUGGUCAUUCGCGCCAACUAG